AUGAUUCUGUUAUUUUUAUUGUUUAUAUUUAUAAGUCAUGUACAAACAUUUUUACAUUUUAAUAAUAAUACAUAUAUUGAACAAUUACCAUCAAAUUAUUUUUAUUCAUUUAUCCAACCAAAACCUGUCCCGGAACCUUAUUUAAUUACUAUCAAUGAAGAACUAAUGAGUCUUCUUUCGAUUUCAAUGAUUGAUCGACGACAAAUGGCUGAAUAUUUAAGUGGCAAUAAACUUCUAUCCGGCUCUCAACCUGCUGCAAUGAUUUAUGCUGGCCAUCAAUUUGGUUAUUUCACUUCACAAUUAGGCGAUGGUCGAGCUGUUCUACUCGGCCAAUUAAAUCAAUGGGCAUUUCAUGCUAAAGGUACUGGACCAACACAAUAUGCCCGUGGUGGUGAUGGUCGAGCAGUAUUACGUUCAUCUAUACGAGAAUAUCUUGCAUCGGAAGCUAUGUUUAAUUUAGGUAUCGAAACAACACGUGCGUUAAGUCUUGUUGGUUCUGUUAUGCUACCAGUUCGUCGUGAAGCUAUUGAAACAGCUGCUAUUGUUGUACGUAUUGCACCGAUCGUUGCAUUUAUUCGUAUGGGUACAUUUGAAUUGUUUUCAACACGUGGACAAUAUGAUCAAGUUCAACAAUUAGCUGAUUUUGUUAUUAAAAAUAUGUAUGGUAAAACAUUAACGAAUAAAAAUCGUUACAAUCUAUUAUUAAUUGAUAUUGCUCAACGAACGGGAAAACUUGUUGCUCAUUGGCAAGCAUAUGGCUUUACACAUGGUGUAUUAAAUACCGAUAAUAUGAAUAUUAUUGGGUCAACAAUUGAUUAUGGUCCGUUUGGAUUUGUUGAAACAAAACUUCAAGGUUAUGUACCGAAUCAUUCAGACGAUGAAAGUCGAUAUGCAUUUGAUCAACAACCAACAAUAGCUGCUUGGAAUCUUGCUAAAUUACGUUUAGCAUUAAAUUCAUUAAUUGAUUUACCAAAACCAAUAAAUGAACAGUAUGAAUUUUGGUUACAUUUUAAUCGAACGUAUGAUAAGUUAAUGCGUAAAAAACUUGGUUUAACAUAUUAUAUGCAAUCGGAUAAAUGGCUUUAUGAAGAAAUUAUACGUCUAUUAGAUUUAUAUCAUAUUGAUUAUACAAGAUUUUGGAGACAACUUGCCGAUGAUAUUAUUCCGAUUGAGAUACAAAAAGAAUAUUGGUAUUCUGUAUAUAAACAACGAUUAACUUCAGAAGGCAGUUAUGCAAAGAAAAUCCGUCGUGAACGAAUGAACCGUAUUAAUCCAAAAUAUAUAUUGAGAAAUUAUAUGGCUCACGUAGCAAUUGGAAAAGCACAAAAAGGAGAUUUUAAUGAACUUGACCGACUUCUUCAUUUACUUCGACAUCCAUAUGAUGAACAACCCGACAUGAAUGAAUACGCUCAAGUAUCUCCUGAGUGGGCGAAGAAAAUUAUUAUCUCAUGUUCAUCUUAA